AUGCACAAAACUGCCAAUAGACCCCCAGUCACUCUGAGGCUGGUGGUCCCUGCUAGUCAGUGUGGCUCUCUCAUUGGAAAAGGUGAUGUCAAGAUUAAGGAAAUAUGAGAGAGUACAGGGGCUCAAGUCCAGGUGACAGGGGUUAUGCUCCCCAAUUCAACUCAGCGGGCCAUCACUAUUGCUGGCAUUCUGCAAUCCAUCAUUGAGGGUGUCAAACAGAUGUGCGUGGUCAUGACCAUCCCGUACCUACCCAAGCCAUCAAGUUCUCCAGUCAUCUUUGCACGUGGUCAGGACAGGUACAGCACAGGCAGUGACAGUGUGAGUUUUCUCCACACCACCCCAUCCAUGUGCCUCAACCCUGAUCUGGAGGAACCACCUCUAGAGGCCUACGCCAUUCAAGGACAGUAUGCCAUUCCACAGCCAGAUUUGACCAAGCUGCACCAGUUGGCAAUGAAACAGUCUCAUUUUCCUAUGAUGCAUGGCAACACUGGAUUCAGUGCAGGUUUGGAUGCAUCUGCUCAGACUACUUCUUAUGAACUCAACAUUCCAAACGAUUUUAUUGGCUGCAUAAUCGGAUGUGAAAGCACCAGAAUCAAUGAGAUUAGUCAGAUGUCUGGGGCACAGAUCAAAAUUUUGAACCCAGAGGAAGGAUCUACUGAUAGGCAGGUUACCAUCACUGGAUCUGCUGCCAGCAUUAGCCUAGCUCAGUAUCUAAUCAACAUCAGGCUUUCCUGGGAGAUGGUGAGCAUGGGCAGCAGCUAGAAAAAUGCAGAUUCAUCCAUAAUCCCUUUCUGCUGCUCACCACCACCCAUGAUCCAUCUGGGAAGUUUCUGAACAGUCAGCAAUUUCAGGUUUUAAAUAGUUUGUAAAUUUUCAGUUUCUAAACACUUUAUCAUCUACUCGAGAUUUUUUAAUUAAAGCGUUUUAAUUCCUUUCUCU